CUGCAAGCCCCAUGUUUGUGGCGAUGCCCUCACAGUCCUAAACAUUAAUUCUCUUUUCUAUUCAACGAAUAAUAUUGGCUGAAGAACUCGAUCAUCCGUGCGCCAGGGUGCAUUUUCGGUUCUGGAGGGUACCCCGUUAAUCCAUUUGGUUGGGUAAGCGCCUUCGGGAAAGGACUAUUUGUGAUAGUCAGACACUCGCUUUGAAAUUGAUUGUGAUGAGAAAAUUAUGACCGGCAAGGGCACAGUCAUACAGCAAGUACAUAUUCAGAGGCAUCCUCCGGGGGCGCUUGGUUGGAUCUUGAGGUUUUUAACAUCCCUUCCACCUCGAGCCGUUCCCUUCUUUUGCGGGACUUCCCUGUCUUUCUUUCCUUUUUCUCUCAGUGAGGGUCUCUCGUUCCGCUCGCUAUACCUUAUAUCUUUACUCCCAAGGGUUGUCCUAUUAAGAAGCCUUGCUGGCAAGGUUGCGUGCUCUAUUAUUCUUAUUGCAUACUAUCGUGAUAUCAUCAAAGGUCUUUCUAUUGUUACCACACUCCUCUUCCGUCUACCAUUUUCACGAUGAGUUCGAACGCAUCCACGGCUGGCUCUAUGGACGAGUCUAAAUUCCUCAAGCGCAACCGGGUCAUUCAUUCGACUCGAUUGGGCCUGUCAGCGUUGAUCACUGCCGGGGCUAUUGCUGUCAUCGCCUGUGAAGCACAACCACUGCAUCACUAUAAGACCACGACCCAAUGGGCAAGUGCCGGUCUUGCUCUCUGGCCGCUUAAUCUUGACGUGCGACCGACAAUUGCGGCUCUAGCCUGUGGCUGUGUGAUUGCCGCCUUGAACCUGGUAUAUAUGGUCAUAGCUUUGCUUCCAUCCCCACAUUCUCGUAUCAAGCUUCUCAACUCGUAUGCAUCCGCAUCGGCCUUCUCCGGGAUUCUCACAUCUCUCAUUGGCAUUGUCUUUAUCAUCUAUCGGCCGUCCGCAUCCUAUCCGAGCGGCUUCAGCGAGGGAGAGACCCUACACAGCUGGACAUGCAAAUGGGACUCAUCGAGCGGAACCACAUCCUCUCCUGUCCAUUUUGCUCGCGACUGCCACGAGACUCGUGCUGGUUUCGCAAUGCUGUGUGCUUUACUCGGAUUUGAGAUUUUGAUGGGGCUUGCCGCUGCUGCUGGUACAUGGUCCCAGCGGGAUGUAUCUCGUCGUCGCGAUGAGCAAGUUCAGUUGGAGAAACUGGAGGUUGCGACUAAGCAGUCGUAUCGACCGUGAAAACAAAGUAUGCUAUAAGUAUACGCUUUGUUCGAAGCCGGAAUCAAGUUCGCAGUGAGCAGGGAUAGUUAUAGUUUGAGUGUCGGAUUAGGUAUCAGUAUCCAGGUAAUGGGCUUGUUGCGCUCAGGUGAUUGACAGUGUAAAGCGGGAUUAUUCAUUGGAAGUGUACAUGCAGGUCAUAGUUUGAAAUAUUGAAGAGGGGUAAUGAUAAAUGCCGCAUCGUUGAAUCAUACUCCACAACCGAGGGAUAGGGAGAAGACUCGCCGAUAUGCAACGAAUUCACCGAUAUUUAUGGGCAAUGUAACCAAGACAUCUGCACAAAAUCGCUGAGACCAACUAGAGCGGGCCGUAGAGCGGAUGAGAAAUGCGGCUUUUUGCGUACUGGCAUUAGUGAGAUAACAGGGGCGUUUGCGAUGGCCCUAAAUUCAUCCUGAGGGGUUCCUGAGACCGUUAGCCGG